AUUAACACUUGCUUUCUCUUACACUCACUCACACUGACUUGCUAGUCAUGGCUCGCAGAAAGAGGCAACUACUCGAAGACGACGACUCGGAUUCUUCUCUUUCUGACGAGGGACACGACGACUACGACGACACUAACGAUCCGGACGCUCGUGCGGAGCGUGAACUCUUCCAGAAUCCUUACCAGCGAAAGAGACGUCGCAAAGACAGCAGGGAGGAUGCCAUCUACGGUGUAUUCGCAAGCAGCGAUGAAGACGAGGGCUUCGGUGGUCGUAAGAAGGCCCCGCCCAAGCGGAGUGACUGGGCGAAGGCACCUGCAUUCGUGUCCGGAAACAAGGUCGACCUGGACAAGGACAUGAAUGUCGACGAGGGGCUACCGUCUGACUCAGACAACGACAAAAUUGUCGAAAAUGGGAACGAAUAUGAUGAUGAGGAAGAGGAGCUUUCGAAACCACCGUCAUCUCAAGUAUUAGAGGAGCCAGAACAAGAACAAGAAGAGCGACCUAGGUUUGGAGGAAUAGGCUUAGGCAAGUCGAAACCUGGUGGCCCGAGCGGCUUCUCUGGCUUCAGCAAGGGAGGAAUAGGUUCAUUCAAACUAUCCAGCAUGCUUGAAACACCGCAAGCCUCGCCUCCGCCUCGUGAACCGUCCCCCAUAGCCGUAGUGCCAGAGAACCUUCCCUCUGCCUUUGGAGCUUCUCGUACGCAAAGGUCUUUCCUCAGAGAUGGAGGCGUUAGCAGUGGAGCCAGUACGCCCAGGCCAGUUACCCCGCUUCCCGCAGCUGAACGUCAACAUUUCAGCAAGCUCGGCGGUACGUUUGGUGCCCGCUUGCUUGAGAAAAUGGGUUGGCAGGCAGGCACUGGAUUGGGUACGUCUGGCGAGGGUAUCGUGAUACCCGUGGAGAGCAAGCUGCGUCCGAAGGGUAUGGGUCUGGCGUUCAAGGGCUUCAGAGAGAAGACGGAACAGUCCAAGGUGGAGGCGCGUCGGCGGGGUGAAAUCGUCAGUGAGGAGGAGGAAGAGGCGACGAUCAAGAGGAGUCGCAAAACAAAGGUACAAGUGCAAGGCGAGAGGUCGGAUGCUUGGAAGAGGCCGAAGAAGGUCAAACGAAAGGUCGAGCACAAGACGUACGAGCAGAUCAUUGCAGAGGCCGGCCAAGAAGCCAUUUCUGCGGGCAUUGGCCAGAUCAUUGAUGCUACGGGUGCAACGCCUCGAGAGAUCGCGUCCCUUGCUGAGGUAUCCAUAGCAUCAUGGACCCCCACAGCAGAACCCAUGCGACUUCCGGAACUCCGGCACAAUCUUCGACUCAUCACAGAGGCUUGCAAGAACGAUUUGGAUGGGCUCGCGCGGGAAGCAAGGGCUCUCGAAGAACGCAAGAAAUGGGUCCGGAACGAAGACCAACGCCUGCGGAAGCAGGUCGAGGAGGAGGCAGAGUUGAUCUCUAGUUUACAACAAGUGCACCUUGUUGUCGAUGACAUCAACACGCAAGCAAAGGAAGCGUCAUCGACUUAUGAACCCUCUCUUGAACCAUUCUCAGCCAGCUUCGAUAAACUCGUUGGACAUUACCCCAAGGAGUUUGACAGGUAUCGUCUCGACGAGAUUGUGAUUGCGGCCAUUGCGCCAGUGGUGCGUCGGAUGCUAGCUCAGUGGAAGCCUCUCGAAGAGCCAGCAGAGUUCACUGCCAAAUUCCGGUUGUGGAGGAAAGCUUUGAAGAUGUCUGUACCUGACGAGUCACAACACGACCAAGUACAAGUAUACGGCUCAAGUACUGUCAUAACGACAUCGGCGCCACUUGUCGAGAAACCAAUGACUCCAUACGAGAGUCUAAUUUGGAACGCCUGGCUACCAAAGGUGCGAUCAGCGAUCAAUAAUGACUGGUCUCCAGAGGACCCUCAGCCUGCUGUCCGACUGUACGAAGCUUGGUCGAGUUUACUGCCUCCAUUCGUUAGAGACAACUUCUUUGACCAGCUUAUCCUGCCGAAAGUCCACAAGGCUGUUAGCGAUUGGAAUCCACGAAGGCAUCGGGUGCCGCUGCAGAGGAUUGUUUUCCCUUGGUUACCUCAUAUUGGCUUACGAUUGGAGGAUGUGCUUGGCGAUGCUCGACGGAAGGUCAAGAGUCUCUUGCGCGGUUGGGUCGUUGCGGAUGGCAUGCCUGAGGACCUUAUGGUGUGGAAAGAUGUCUUCAGUGCCGGCGACUGGGACGCAAUGCUGCUCAAGUAUAUCGUGCCCAAAUUGGGUGCUCGACUGAGAGACGAUUUCCGCAUCAACCCACGUCAGCAAGAUAUGAUACCCCUGCAAGAUGUUCUGGCGUGGGAGGGUGCCCUGAGACCUUCAAUAUUCUCUCAAAUACUCGAGACCGAAUUCUUCCCGAAGUGGUUGGAUGUGUUGUACAUUUGGCUCAUUCAACCCAAGCCCAGUUUCGAAGAGGUCUCGCAAUGGUAUCAAUUCUGGAAACAAACGUUCCCCGAGAAUGUUCAGACCAUGCCAGGCGUCGCAAAAGGGUUCACACGUGGAUUGCAGCUGAUGAACAAGGCUAUCGAGCUUGGACCAGAAGCUCCUACACGCCUACCACGUCCAGAACACAAACUGGCCCCGUCUCCUUCCGCAAGCGCUACUGUAUCGAGGCAGGGUACGCCAAAGGCACGACCUUCCAGGACACAAGAGAUCACCUUCCGUUCCAUUGUGGAAGAUUAUGCUUCGUCACAUAACUUGCUGUUCAUGCCUACCGGACGAGCGCAUGAAAAGUCGCGAAUGCCGCUUUUCCGAGUAUCGCAGAAUGUGGAUAAGGGUGGGAUAUUGGUGUAUAUCCUAGAUGACGCGGUAUGGGCUCCGGAUGGUGAUGAAUACAGGGCGAUUACUUUGGAGAAUAUGGUGUUACGAGCGACCAAAGGGUGAUAAUAUUGUAUUGUAUCAAAUAGUAUCUGUAGUUUAUAUAUCCACGCUAGUGUAUUAUUCAUGGUGAUCCCUCCACCGCAUCCAUUGACUCUAGGCAAUCCUUUCAUCUCAUACUUUCUAGACCUAUAUGUAGUACAUUUUAAGAGUGCUGUACGCGUAUACGCGCGU